AUGUCUAAGCAAAAAUCAUGGAGAGAUAGAUCAGCUAAAGUACAAGUGUCAGAAUCCGAAUUACCGUCAUCAAUUCCUUCUCAAACCGGUUUGGUAUUCAAUGUGUGGUACAAUAAGUGGUCUCAAGGGUCGAGUGAACAAAAAAGAUUUGUGAACCCCUAUAGAUUGGACCCUGAAAGACAUUCGGGUCUUACUAGAGGAGAUAAGGAGGGAGCGCAGUUCUUUUGUUUGUAUUUCGCCAAGGGUAUGUGCUGUUUGGGAAAGCGGUGUCAUUAUAUGCAUCAUAUACCAGAAGAUAAAGAUAUUGCACGUUUAUCCAUGAAAACAGAUAUUUUAGACUGUUUUGGACGAGAGAAGUAUGGCUUUUAUCGAGACGAUAUGGGCGGUAUUGGAUCUUUUAGAAAAAUGAACAGAACGUUAUAUAUUGGUGGGCUUGGAGGUGCCUUAAACAACAAACAGUUGAAAGCUUCUCAGAUUGAAAGUCGUAUACGAUUUGUGUUUUCUGAGCUGGGUGAAAUUGACAGAGUACGAUUUGUAGAUGCCAAGAAUUGUGCAUUUGUCAAGUUUAAACAUUCUGCAAAUGCUGAGUUUGCAAAAGAGGCAAUGAGCAAUCAAACUUUGCUCAUACCUAGCGACAAAGAAUGGGAUGAUCGAAAGGAAGGAACCGGUCUUCUGUGCAAAUGGGCCAACGAUGAUCCAGAUCCAGAAGCGCGCAAGAGAGAGGAGGAAGAACAAAAGCGGGAAUCUGUCAAGAUGAUGGUUAGAUUGCUCGACAACCACAUGUCUAACAAUGCAGAAUUACAGCCAUCAGAGACAAAAAGACCUAUUGCGGCGCUAGAGGAUGCUAAAUCCAAUGAUACAUCGAUUUUUGGCCAGGACUUGCUGGAUAAGUUAAAGAGGCGAAAACUUGUGAAGGAGAGAACGCCAACGAAGACGGCUACAAUGGGUGAGAAGGCAAAAUCUCGAUCUUUGGUUGAAUAUCCAUCGUCUGACGAGGAGUAA